AUGUUGUGUGCUAGAGCCACGAUAGUGCUGCUAUAUCUUGAAUGGGUUCGUUUGACCGGGAAUGCAACAUUCCUCGAGCCCCAUCUUCAAGGCAUAAGACAUCGUGACAGUCGAAGUUCUGACUCGGAUCACGAUGAGCGAUCUACAGAGGACGAUGAGCGAGCCCUUAUUCGCAGCUCACCACGGUCUAGACUGCCCCCACCACCUCCACCGCCGCCCGAUGACGAACCCCCUCCGAUGAAACCUCGGGAGUACUUCGAAAGACUUCAGAGUCAAGCUAUGAGAGAAGCACAGGAUCGGAAGCCGAGACGCGAAAUUAAAGAAGCUAGUCAGCUGUUUCCACCUGUUGACGCUGAUGGCAGCCUAGGCGACAGUCUAAGUCAGAGUCGAGAAAGCUUGUCUUCAGACGGCGAAGGUGCUCGAGGUGAUUGCUCCUCAGUCAGCUCAUCGGGAUCUGGGUCGGAGGAGCAGCCACCAUGCGACAUUGGUCUACUGGAACGUUUGAUACGAACUCAUCCAGUUUGGUUCCUGCCCGGGAUUCAAAGAGCUGGCGCGUUUCACUUACUGCAAGGAAAGGAGGAAGGGAAUUUCGUAGUUCGUCAAUCAAGUCAACCAGAUACAAUGGCGAUCAGUGUCCGCCUUCCAGCUGAUAAGGGGCCCUAUAUCGAACAUUACCUCAUACAGGCUUCGGGUGGUCGCAUUGGCCUCGAGACAUCGCACAAUCGCUUCGAUAACAUCCCCGAGCUGAUUGCGCAUUAUUCACAAUGCUGCGAUGAAUUACCUGUUCAACUGCAGUUGCCACGGCCAUUACGUGAAGCUAAAAGCCGCCAUCAACUCAGCUCCCUCACAUUACUUGGCCAAGAAUUUUGGGGGUAUCCAAUGGCAAAUCCCAAAAACAAUUCCCAGAAUCUUCUGUCACCGUGUCAACUAGCCAAUGGUGUCAUACCAAUGGCUGUUACACCUUCUGAUACUGGCUCUAGUCUAAGCAGUUUUAAUGCAAGCGCAAGAACAAAUUCUCGAGAGCGUGUCUUUAGUCCAGAUAAGGAACAAAAUGUAGUAUUAAAAAUGUCGCCAGUCAAUACAUCAGAAUCACCACCGAACCAAAGUCAAAGCCUUAGCACCUUCAAGGGAAGAACAGCUCCAUCACCACCUGCAAAGCCGAGCGGAAAUUUUGUGCGUGCACCAAGACCAACCCCACCAAAUACACUAAACCUUAUAUCAAGUACAGCUCAUAUCACGCAACCACAUACAUUUCCCAUAACAAACACACAACAUUCCCCCACACAAACAAGCAGUGUAAAAACCACUCCUCCUCCACCACCACCAAGAUGGACGAAACCACCCUUCACGAAGAUGUCACUAUCUCCAAAGUCAGAAACCCAUUCUUUUAGCACCAUUAACAAGGCGUCACUGAAUGGAAAUAUGACAGUUUCAACAACUGUUACAGUCAGUGGUAGUAAUACACACCUUCACUGUGACCAAAUAAAUGAGAGUACACACAGCGACCGGUUGCAACUAACGCUUUCAUCUAAUGCCGCCAACAAUAACAGUAACGCAAUUACUGCAUUCAAACAGGACUCAGCCAAAAGCUUUUUCGAAUCUAAGGGGGAUAUGCAGAAUAUGACGCAACGUCUGUCACCAGAAGGAGAGUGUGUCAAAGCCUUAACAACUAACUUCCAUGGCAGCUUUAAAAGUCAAUCAGUUGAGCAGAAUACCAGAGAACCAGAAUCACCAAUAAAUAAUAACUCGCCAAUAGGAUCACAGUCUCAAACAAAUACUUCAGAAUCUAUAGAUCCCAUUGGCAACUCUUUAACAAAGUCCUGCAGUUUUGCCCAAAACCAAUUAGUAUCCCCAAAUGGAACAAACUCUAUUACUAGUGGAAUAUUUUCACCAACAAGUCAAAUAAAUUCACCAGUGUCUAAUGAUACAAUAUCUUCUAAGAGUGGGGUAUUUUCCCCCUCAAGUCAGACCAACAAAAGUGAGAUCCUUUCCCCAGUGUCCAGAAGCUCUCCUGUCUCUAAUAAAAAUGUAUUCUCGCCCACCUCCAACCACAGCAUCUUGUCCCCUGUAACAGGCAAAGAUAAAAUUCUGUCUCCAAAUACAAACACUACGAGUACUACACCAUCUGGUAGAUCGAGGAGAAGUAAACACUCCUUACGAAAGGAGUCCAGACAUUAUCAGGAAUCAGACAUCUUAGAAUCACCAGGCGUGUAUUACAGAAGCUCAUUAUUAGAUAAAGUGAGCGAUUAUGAAGACAUUUGGGGACCAGAAGGUAAUAAUUGUUCAACCUUUAAGCCAUUGAAAUCUGAAAACGAUAACAAUGUAAACAACGGUAUAAUGAAGAGCAAGAGACCUGAUCUUUUACCAGAUACACUGCCAAAAUUGACUACAGCCAAAAGUACUCAGUCGAUAUUGGAAAAAGAAAACGUGCAUAUAAUGGAUUCAUCAGAAAGUCUAAGCGAAAAGAAAAAUCUUUCUGAUAGCCCACUGAAGAAAAGUUUUAAUGGAUCUACUGAAAUAAUAGCAACGACCAACAGCAAAGGAGAGAUUGUACCUAAAAGACCAGACAAACUAAAUAUUGCUUUAAACAUGAAUAAGAAAUUGACUGAAGAAAUUGAAGCAGCACUUAAACAUAGAGAGAAUUAUAGGAUUGAAAGUAUGGAAACUAUCAAAUUAGAAGAUGAUUGCACGAAGGAUGCGAUCGCUGAUGAUUCUGAAAAAGACAACACCGGAAGUCCAUUUUAUGCGGAUCCUGUUGAUGCAUUGAAAGAAGCUGUCCUUCCGCCAGUGCAACGAAGAAAACUUUUAAGAGUAGGUGUUAGCCUGUCACAGAGAUAUUCGGAACCACCUAACCAGAAUCAUCCGUACUAUCCUCUUAGGGAUAUGCAUAGUAUUGAAGAACUGUCACCCUCGUCACCAAAUACAUCAUCUUCGGUGGACAAUCUGGUGUCGCUUCGCAACAAACCUAAAAUGCGCCCUGUGGAGCCACCACGGAUCAAUAAUAAACCACCUACUGGAAAAACUGAGCAACCCUGGGCCGUUGAUUCCAGUUGGCAGUUUAUCAAUAAAAAUGACGAGGGCUCGAACAGUGAAAAUGGUACUUUUCCAUCGCUGGCCGAACAAGAAACCAGACUCAGCGGAGUAGACGAUAACGCACAACAUCUCACUGUGCAUCAAGUUGUCGCACAGAAAUUUCCCGAAUUAAGACUGAACUCAGAACCGGUUGCAUUACCAGAAGAAGUACGAUCACCACCACGAGCUUCGUGCUACGACAACGUGCAUGAACUGAGACCUUUAUCUGAACAGGCAAGUGACGACGGCACAGUCUUCUCAGAACCGUGGGACAGUUCGCAAUGGGAUGGUCUUAUACCGCCCAGCAAUGGACAUCAAUCGUAUGAAAUCGACGAACCAUGUGAGUGGGAGUCUCCCAUACCAAGAAGAGGGCCGGCCGCUGCGUCGCGCUCUAAAAGCUUCAGAGAUCGCCUCGACCCUUUACUAGGAAAGUGCGCGAAAGCGAAUGAAAAGAAAACGUCGAAACCGUUUAAAUUUUGGAAAAAUGUCGAUCAAAGUUCGAUACCGCAGAUUCCUCGAGUUCCAGAGGUGUCGGCUCCAUUGCCGAGGGAACCUCAGAUUUCAGAGGUGUCUGCUAGGUUGUCGAAUGAAGAAGUGUACGCAUUGUCGACGAUCAAGAAUUUCAGAUGUGAUAAUCUUACCGAAUUCGUCUUGGAGAGUGAUUGGGUUUUUGUGACUAAAGAAAAGCUGUUAGAACCAGGUUUUCAACAGCACUUGGCGAAAAAGGAAUCGCUAAUGAAUUUAUGCAAGGUGUUAGCCGAAAGAAGCUCUAAUAAAAUGCAAAUAGUAGUUGUAGCAAAAUCUCCAAGUUGUCAUUGCAGUGAAUUGUGCCCUGAAGACAACGGUGAAACUGUACGACUCAAAAACCCUUUUUAUAGAUUACUGAAUACAAUUAGAUAUAUUUGGAAGUAUUUAUGUAAAAAAGUUAAAGCUUGUCUGAAGUCUACAGCGACUGAAUCAACAAACCAGACGAAAAUAGAUAAUUUCAAUUUUACUCAAUUGUAUCUGUCGGCGGGUCGAGUACGGGCUCUCCGCGGUGGUCGCACAUCACGGGGAACUGGAGCAGCUUUAAGAGCGUACGCAUUACACCUGGCGCAAGACAAAAGCACGACUUUUGCCCAAAAUGUUGACAAUUUCAUCGCUUGUACCCUAGACUCGAAGGAAACCUGCCCACAGGUGAUGAUGCGGAAUAUAAGACAAUUCAUGUCGGGCAUGAAGAAUUAUCUUGUUAAGCAUGGAGAGAGAGAAUUUGAGAAAGAAGUUGAAAAAGAAAGACUAAAACUAAAACCGACGGAAUUCUUGAACCUGGACGCGAUACUGGAGGGCGUGAUGCACCGGCUGGUGGUGCGUCCGCUGCGCGGGCGGCUGUACUCGCUGCUGGCUUCGUGGCACGCGCCAGACCUACGCCGUCUGCACGCCGCCAUCGAAAGAGCGCAGCACGCCACGCCUCUACAACUCGGCGUUAAGGAAUCUACGAAGGUGCCCUCGUCAGCUGUCUUAGCAGUGAUCUCAAAACAUUUCCUUAAAAUGCAAGAAGCUGACUCGCCGCUGGACAAACUAGAAAACCUUCUGGCUGCUAUAUCUGUGAUGUUUAAUGCGAUGCGCGGCGAACGGACCUUAGGGGCCGAUGACUUGUUACCAGUAUUGGCGUGGACGGUGGCCCGAUGCCGGUUGGUUUGCGCGGAGCUAGAAGCCGAGCUUAUGGCGGGACUACUUCCACCUGCACUGCUGGCAGGAGAGGGCGGGUACUACCUCACCGCGCUGUUCUCAGCAGUUGCGGUGCUGAAGAGACUCGCUCCCGAACCGGCGCCCGAUAGUUCUGCUCCUUGGCGGCGCGGCUCGUCGUCGCAGCAGGCGCGCGGCGCAGCGGUGGUGCGCGUGGCGCUGCCGGACGAGUGCCGCGGCUCCAUCCGGCGCGUGGCGCUGCCGUGCCGGCCCGGCGCGCGCGCGCGCGACCUGUGCCGCGCGCUCGCGCACGCCGCCGCCAUCACCAACCCGCAGGACUACGCGCUCUUCGCCUUGCACGACGGACAAGAAACAAUGCUUAACGAAAACGACUGCCCACAAGAGGUCAUGUCAGAGAAAAGCGGACAGAAUUUUAUACUGGCUUAUAAAAGGAUAGACGCCAAAAUAGCGUGGCCUCAACAGGCACUGUCGUCUUACCCGUAA